AGGCCCCCAGCCUAAUCCCCGCAGUAGCCUUAAAUCUCCUACCAUGGGGGAAGAACGCGGCCGCAGCGGCAGUGAGACCACUAGGGAGCGGCAGAAGCUGAAGCAGCAGGCUCUGGAGUACUACCGGAAGAACGACGUUCCGCGCAGGCUGGAAGAGCUGCUCAACUCCACCUUCUACCUCAAGCCUGCCGACGUCUACGGGCACCUGGCAAACUGCUUUUCUAAACUCGCAAAGCCUCCGACCAUAUGCAAAGUGGUGGGGAAGACUGUGCUGGAUGGACUGGGGCUUCCCACCCUGCAGGUGGAAAUGUUCUGCACCGUCCAAAACUUCCACAAGAGCAUAUGUUCUGUGGCGAUGGCGACUGACUUCGAGGUGCAGGAGAACGCCUUCCCCGAGCUGGCGGAGGGGGAGGAGGCGGAAAGGCUGGACGCCAUCAGCACGGCCAUACAGUGGGUCAACGAGACCAUCACCCAGGACCUGCAGGGCCUCGAGCCCUCCAGCCAGGCCGAGGUGGACCAGGUGCUCAGGACAUUCUUUGAAAAUAAAGUACAAGAAGAUAAGGAGAGAAAAGAGUUGGAAAAGGGCCUAGAAGACUCAGCAGAGCCCACCCCUGCACCUGUAACACCAGCAUUGCCUCCUCCUCCACCUGCAGCCAAAAAAAAAGGGCAAAAGCCAGCUACGAAGGCUUCUUUUAUAGAGAAACCUAUCGUGCCUCCCGAGCCCGCUGAACCCGUGCUCUGUGGCAGCAUGGCCGUCGGGGCCGUGUCACUGGCGGCGGCCAAAGCCAGCGCCGCGCUGAGCAGCAGUCCUCUGUACUUCAGGAUCGCUCUGCUGAAGCGCCAGCAGGAACCGCCAGCCAAGCUGACCAUCCCUCUGCUGAUGGUAUCUCUGGUCAGCUGUGGGAAGUCAUCGCCUGGGAAGCUGAAUUUAAUGAAAGAAGUGAUUUGUAUACCCCAUCCUGGAUUAACCGCUAAACAAGGUGUGGAGAUGCUGAUGGAAAUCCAGAAACAAAUUAACAAAGCAAUCGAAACGCCGCCUCCUCAGAAGGCAGAGCCGAAGAAAGGGCAUAACGAAGGCAAAAGAGGUCAACAGCUGAUCACAGGCAAGAUGUCCCAUCUCGGCUGUUUAACCAUCACUUCCGACACCAUAGAGCAGCCCCUGCUCCUCAUACAAGGAAUCUGCGAGAACCUGGGGCUGAAAAUGGGAAUGAACCUGCAUCUGGCCAUCAACUGCGCCGCACAGGACCUGAUGGACUACAACAAAGGGAAGUACGAAGUGGUGACGGGAACGUACAAAAACGCCGCCGAGAUGGUUGACCUGUACGUGGACCUGAUCAACAAGUUCCCUUCCAUUAUUGCCUUGAUCGAUCCCUUCAGGAAAGAGGACUCUGAGCAGUGGGAUAGCCUCUAUAAUGCCGUUGGUUCCCGGUGUUACAUCAUCGCAGGAAGUGCCUCCAAAAGCAUUUCCAAACUUCUAGAGGACGGGAGCGUCGGCAGCCCCAAGUCCACUGGGCUGAUCAUCAAACACACAAAUCAAACUACAAUGUCGGACUUGGUGGAAAUAACCAAUCUCCUCCACAGUACGAGGCACAUCGCAGUGUUCGGAAGCACAGCAGGAGAGUGCCUUGACGACAGCAUCGCUGAUUUGGCUGUGGGACUGGGUGUCCGGUUUAUCAAGUUGGGAGGUCUUUCUCGUGGCGAGCGGGUGACUAAGUACAACCGCGUUUUCACCAUAGAGGAGGAGCUUGUCCGGAGCAGAAUCCUGGGUUUCAACGAAGAACUCGUCUUUUCUCACGUGAGCAAGGAGGACAGGAAGGCCGCCAAGGCUGGCGAGCCGCCCGAGCCCUGCGUCCCCGCGGAGGCCGUGUAGGAACCGGCCACCCGGCAAGCGCCCUCGGCACGGGGCUGCGCGCGCCCCACUCACGGCCACGGCACUGGACUGGUCUGCAGCACGUCCUCUCCCCACUGGCUGCGCUCCAAAUGUCGCGAACUCGUGCGCUGUUUUUCCCUCACCGUUUGGUAAAAUACACAGAUAGUAUUUCUGCCUGACACUGUCCCUGUGGACUCUGUCUUAUCGGCCGUCGCCUUGCCACGGAGGUCGUGUUUGCGCACGGGCUCUGCUGUCCCCGAACGGGGGCCUGGGGCAGGGGGUCACCUAGGAACAGAGUCCAUCCAGUGCUUUUGUUGCCAAAUCCACACUCAGUUCAAACGCCUCGCACUUGACAAAGGAAGACAUCUCGGAAGA